AAGGCACAGGGAAACCUUGGUGAGUAAAAAUACAGAGAUGCCCUCGAUUGUUAUUAUCUUUCAUUGACGUUACAAGCCUCCUGUGUUUCAUUCACCGCCGCAUUUUGUUCUUGUUGUUGCUCUUUCAACAGGAAACUCCUCCUUCAACAGAUUAUGAGUGCGGUUCAUUACUCUUGAAGCAAGGUUUGGUGGGGGUAAAAAAGGAAUGAGUUUUGUUAAUUCAAAUCACACCCGUGGUUUCACAUUAUUCUUAAUCGGGAAACUGAAUUAAGGGUAUUUUUGCAUAGGGGAAUAAGAUCAUGCCUGGCAUUCUCUCAAGGCUGAAUGCAACCAUUUACUGUCGCAUUCGGGAAGCAAUAACAAGGCAACAAGGAGUGCCGACAUCCUUGUACAGAAGUUCAGCUUUGCCUCUUUGUUCGCUCACUUCAAGUCACACACUUCACACAAAAUCAAUGAUUACUGCCUCACAUUCCAAUGCUAUGCUGGGAGAUGUUUAUGCUUAUGGCUUAAUCUCAGGUCGUGGUAGUGUGCGAGACUUCACAAAGCCUGCUGUAGGUUGCUUGAGGGGUAGUGUGAAUCUAAGGAGACUACAACCAUUGUAUGGUCCUUUGAGUUUUGGGUGUUCUACUUUUGAUGCUAAUAGGAGGAUCCGGGAUUCGAGUUUGCUGCAUGGAUCAUGGCUCAAGAAUUUCUCAGCCUCUUCUUCUGCUUGCUACUCAGCCGGGGCUGCACAUGCUGUCUCAUUUGAUGGAAGCCCUCCUGAUGAACAGCUUGCAAAUUCCUCUUUUUCGCCUGACCCAACUAUUGUUGGUGGUAAGCCCUUGAAGAUGUUGUCAGGAUCUUGUUACCUACCACAUCCAGAUAAGGAGGAGACAGGAGGAGAGGAUGCUCAUUUUAUUUGCACGGAUGAACAAGCAAUUGGUGUUGCUGAUGGUGUAGGUGGCUGGGCGGAUGUUGGCGUUAAUGCAGGACUGUUUGCACAGGAACUUAUAUCCAAUUUAGUGAGAGCAAUUCAAAAGGAGCCUAAAGGUUCUUUUAAUCUGACAAGAGUGUUAAGGGAAGCUCACGCAAAUACAAAGGUCAAGGGUUCAUCAACAGCUUGUAUUGUUGCUCUUACUGACAAGGGACUACAUGCUAUUAAUUUGGGUGACAGUGGAUUCAUUGUGGUUAGAGAUGGAUGCACCAUUUUCGAGUCCCCUUCUCAACAGCAUGACUUCAAUUUCCCAUAUCAGUUGGAGAGUGGGAAUGGCGCUGAUCUACCCAGCUCUGGUGAGGUUUUUACCAUACCCGUUGCUUCAGGAGAUGUGGUCAUUUCUGGAACAGAUGGUUUAUUUGACAAUUUGUACAACAGUGAGAUCACUGGAGUUGUUGAACAUGCAAUUAGGGCUGGACUAGAGCCCCAAGUAACUGCUCAGAAGAUAGCAGCACUGGCUCGUCAGCGAGCACUGUCCAAGAGUAGUCGGACACCAUUUUCUACUGCUGCUGAAAAAGCUGGAUUCUGUUAUUAUGGUGGCAAACUUGAUGACAUAACUGUUGUUGUCUCAUACAUAUCAGGUUCAGUGAGUGAGUGAGUCUCAUUUUUGUUCUACAUGUUUGAACUGGUGGAAGAGAAUGAAAUGUAACGAUAUUAUGGUCCAUUUUUUUUGGAUUGGUAUAACGAAGAUGAGAUAUAAUGGAAACUAGUAGUGAAAUUUAUUCUAUCUUAUUCCACUGUUUAUCGUUAA